CAGUUGCGAUUGGCCAAGAUGUCUGUCGCCUUUGCUCCACGAGGCAAUCGUCCUCCAUUGAGUCCGGCACAAAUCCAAAAGAUGUUGGAUGAGAACGCUCAUCUCAUACAAACUAUACAAGAAUAUCAAUCGAAAGGUCAACUUAUGGAAUGUCAUCAGUACCAGCAGAUGUUACACAGAAACCUGGUGUAUUUAGCUUCGGUGGCAGACGCGAACCAAAACAUUCAACUAUUAUUACCGCCUCCCCAUCAAUUAGCGUCAGGCAAUGUGCCACCAGGUCCACCAGUUAGCGGAUCAGAAGUGCCAGGACCGUCCCAACAGCCGUAUCGCCCGCCUGUCGGCGUUUCAACCACACCUACCAGGCCAACACAAUCAUAUGGACAAAGGCCAUACCCACAAAAUCAAUAUCAAGGCCAAUAUCAAGGUGCUCCAGGGUAUCCUCCUCAAGGUGGUUAUGCACCCCCCGCACAGGGCUAUGGCCCUCCUAAUCCAUCUCAACAACCUCAAGGGUAUCCUCCCAAUUCCUCUUACGGACCUCCUAUAACUACUACACCCAGUAACUAUCCCCCUUCUACUCACCCUUCACCAGGGUAUCCCCCAUCGGCUGGUCAGCAGCCUUAUGCUCCUCCUCCUGGUAGCCCAGCAGGCUCUGGCUCUCCCUACCCUGUACGCGGUCCAGCUCAACAAGGGUAUGGAGGCAAUUCUGCUUAUCCACCACCUCAGACUGGCUCAAAUUAUCCCAAUGUUGGAGUUAGUACUUACAACUCUACUGCACCACAGCCUCAACCUUAUCAGUCUCAACCAUUCCCCAAUACUACUCCUACUUCAGGGUACAGUUCCACAUCUACAUCUCAGCCAAACCGUUCUCCACAACCUCCACCUAGUGGAUACACUGGCCAAAAUCCACCUAGUUCAGGUUAUGGAUCCCCUUCUGCUCAAUCACCAACAUAUAACUCAAGUUCACAUGCUAAUAGUGGAGCUCCAGCUUCAGUGGCAUCUGGGGCUCCUCCAACCCCAGGAGGUCCUCCUGGGCCAGGCCAGCAGUAUCCUCCUCCAGGUCAGCAGUCUCCCUACCCCCCAUCUUCCCAGCCUCCUUAUUCAAACCCAUCAUCCCAACCUGGAAGCCCAGCACCGCCAGUGUCGACAGCGCCACCACCUCAACCUUCAUAUCCACAAAACCCUCAAAACUAUCCACCAGCAGGAGGUGCAUACCCUCCUCAUGCGUAUCAGCAAGGCUACCCACCUGCUCAGUACCCUCCUUCCCCAUACCCAUAUGCCCGCGCUCCAGCUCCUGGAGGUCCUCCGCCUAAUGCCCCUCAGCCUUAUCCAGGUUAUGGCUUUCAGCCACCAGCACAACAGUAAUAGCUUAAUUACAACUAAGUAAAGUGAAAGUAAGUAAGUGAAAGCUUAAACUUAAUUACAGUAAGUCAAUAUAUUGUAAAUAUUUUAUGUAGCUAUGAGAUAUAAGAAC